CUGUAAGGAGCUUGCCGCCAUUGCCUUCGUCAAACUGCCCCUGGACUAGAACUGACACACCCGGAACAGCAAUGACUCACCUGGACCACCUGGGACAGGAUUUUUGUUCAGGGUCGGUUGAUUUGGUUUGAGUCUGUCAAAUUUCUUCGGCGCCUCCUGGUGUUUGGGAUAAUUAACUGCAGCUCUGCAUCACGCCCCCUGCUGUCAAUACGCCGCAGCGAGCGGACGAGGAGGAGGAGGAGAGGGAGCUGAAGGUCACAGCUGGAGGAACAUCAUCACCAGUAUCAUCGAUGACACUGAUAUCAGACUAAUUAUCGAUUUACUGAUUGGAUUCAUCAGCUGCUCGAGGAGCAGGACCGCGACGUGAGACAGGAGGACGGAGCGACAGACGGAUCAGCUGCUGAAUCCUUGCCUGUCUCCCUGCUGCCUGCCUGUCUGAUUCUCCAUCCCCUGUCUGUCUGUUCUCCGCCCGUCUGUCCGCCAUGGGGAACCGGGGGAUGGAGGAGCUCAUCCCGCUGGUGAACCAGCUCCAGGACGCCUUCUCCUCCAUCGGCCAGAACUCGAACCUCGACCUGCCGCAGAUCGCGGUGGUGGGCGGGCAGAGCGCCGGGAAGAGCUCCGUGUUGGAGAACUUCGUGGGCAAAGACUUCCUCCCUCGUGGUUCAGGUAUUGUUACCCGGCGCCCCCUGGUGCUGCAGCUCAUCUACUGUCCAACAGAGUAUGCCGAGUUCCUGCACUGUAAAGGGAAGAAGUUCACAGACUUUGAUGAAGUUCGUCAGGAGAUCGAAGCGGAAACGGAUCGAGUGACUGGACACAACAAAGGAAUCAGUCCAGUCCCCAUCAACCUGAGAGUCUACUCACCCAACGUGUUGAACCUGACUCUGGUGGAUCUUCCCGGGAUGACAAAGGUCCCGGUGGGUGACCAGCCAGCCGACAUUGAGCACCAGAUCAGAGACAUGCUCAUGCAGUUUGUGACCAAGGACAACUGCCUCCUUUUGGCUGUUUCACCCGCCAACUCCGACCUUGCCAACUCUGACGCUCUUAAGAUUGCCAAGGAAGUCGACCCGCAAGGUCUGAGGACCAUUGGUGUGAUCACUAAACUGGAUCUGAUGGAUGAAGGAACCGAUGCCAGAGACAUCCUGGAGAACAAACUGCUGCCACUCCGCAGAGGUUACAUCGGAGUGGUGAAUCGCAGUCAGAAGGACAUAGAUGGGAAGAAAGACAUCAAUGCAGCACUGCAGGCUGAGAGGAAGUUCUUCCUGUCUCAUCCAUCAUACCGACACCUGGCGGACCGCAUGGGCACCGCCUACCUGCAGAAAGUCCUCAACCAGCAACUGACCAACCACAUCCGGGACACGUUGCCAGGGUUACGCAGCAAACUGCAGAGCCAGCUGCUGUCCAUCGAGAAGGAGGUGGAGGAGUACAAGAACUUCAGACCAGACGACCCGAGCCGCAAGACGAAGGCCCUGCUGCAGAUGGUGCAGCAGUUUGCGGUGGACUUUGAGAAGCGGAUCGAAGGAUCUGGAGAUCAGGUCGACACCUACGAGCUGUCAGGAGGAGCAAAGAUCAACCGGAUCUUCCACGAACGUUUCCCAUUCGAGCUGGUCAAGUUGGAGAGUGAUGAGAAGACUCUUCGUAAAGAGAUCAGCUACGCCAUCAAGAACAUCCACGGAAUCAGGACGGGUCUGUUCACACCUGACAUGGCGUUUGAGACGAUCGUGAAGCGUCAGAUCGCUCAGAUCAAAGAGCCGUGUCAGAAAUGUGUAGACAUGGUGAUCAGUGAGCUGGUCAACACCGUCAGGCAGUGUACACAGAAGUUGGCUCAGUAUCCGAUGCUCAGAGAGGAGAUGGAGAGAAUCGUCACUCAGCACAUCAGAGACCGAGAGAGUCGCACCAAAGACCAGGUAAUGCUGCUGAUUGACAUUGAGUUGGCCUAUAUGAACACAAACCAUGAAGACUUUAUCGGCUUCGCAAAUGCUCAGCAGAAGAGCAGUCAGAUGAACAAGAAGAAAGCAGCAGGAAACCAGGACGAGAUCAUGGUGGUCCGUAAAGGUUGGCUCACCAUCAACAACAUCGGCAUCAUGAAGGGCGGAGCUAAAGAGUACUGGUUUGUCCUGACCGCAGAGACCCUGUCUUGGUACAAAGACGAUGAGGAGAAGGAGAAGAAGUACAUGCUGCCUGUGGACAACUUGAAACUGAAAGACAUCGAGAAAAGCUUCAUGUCCAGCAAACACAUCUUCGCUCUGUUCAACACUGAACACAGGAAUGUGUAUAAGGACUACCGUCAGCUGGAGCUGGCCAGUGAGUCUCAGGAGGAGGUGGACAGCUGGAAGGCUUCUUUCCUACGAGCCGGAGUGUACCCUGAACGCAGCGUGGACAGGGAGAGGGUGGAGGUGGAGGAGUCGAGCGGUGACGGACAGAUCCACAGCCUGGACCCUCAGCUGGAGCGACAGGUGGAGAUUGUCAGGAACCUGGUGGACUCGUACCUGUCCAUCAUCCACCGCACUGUCAGAGACCUGAUCCCCAAGACCAUCAUGCACCUGAUGGUCAACAACACGAAGGAGUUCAUCCACGCUGACCUGCUGGCUCAACUUUACUCCUGUGGAGACCAGAACUCCCUGAUGGAGGAGUCCCAGGAACAGGCUCAGCACCGUGAUGAGAUGUUGAGGAUGUACCACGCUCUGCGCGAAGGCCUCAGCAUCAUUGGUGACAUCAGCACCUCCACCGUCACCACGGCGAUGCCUCCACCUGUCGAUGACUCAUGGCUGCAGGUGACGGGAAUGCCAUCGGGACGCAGGUCUCCCAUGUCCAGUCCAACCCCCCAGCGCCGGGCCCCUCCAGGACCUCCUCGUCCGGGAGGUCGUGCGGCCCCUGGGCCCCCCUCUCGUCCCGCGGUGUCACCUGACCCUGGACCCCCGCCGUCUGUCCCCUCCCGACCCAACAGAGCACCCCCACCUGGAGUCCCAAGUCGUCCCAGUAAAGGUAGCCCCGCCCACGGAGAGAGCCCCCAGUCUUCUAUUGAGGGUUAACCUGACCCCGGUGUGUGUUAGUGUCUCGACUGAACUGUUCUUCUGGUCUGUACUGAUGAUGCUGUGUUACUGUGAACCUUACUAGUAAUGAUAAUGAUUGAUUAUCAGCACAUUAUGAAUAUAUAGCAAAUGAUCAGCAAAACACUACUGCAAUAUUGAGUAUAUAAAUAUGUCGUCCGGCUGGUUGUCUGCGGUCAGGAGGGUGAGACAGGUCAGCUGCCUGUCUGUCUGCCUUCUCAGACUGCCUGUCAUAUCACAUCAAAACAGCAGCGAAGGAGUCCUGCGAUCGUCGGCUGGCGUCAGGCUUUAAAGUACUGUAGAAGACUCCAGAGAUGGUGCAGAAGAGACGACGUCUCACUCCUCUCUGGACGUUCAGGCUGGUCUGGGAUCAGACCUGCACGGACAGCGAGCCUGUUAGCUGGCCGCAUCAUCUCCUGGAGUUAAAUAAUUGAAUUGUGUUUUUAUUUGCAGUUUGAGACUUGUUGCAUCGAGGGAACUUUUCUUUACAGUGUAAAGUUUACAUAUUGUUUUAACUUAUGUAUUUAUUAAUCUAUUUAUUGAUUUAUUUAUUAUCGGAAGUUCUCGUCAGAAUUUCAUUCAUUGAUGUCAGCCGUCACCUUGUUAAGAAACAAUUGGUGUUUCCCUCCAAACACUUUCAGCAUUAACCUUCUUCCGCUGAAACCAGAGUUCCUGGAACCUACUGUGUUCUGCUCCGAAGUUCUCAAUCGUAAAGUCGUCUAUCCUGUUCUACCUUGUUACAUUCUACAGAACUGCAUAACUACCAUCUGAUUUUAACCGGUUCCAACUGGUUCCAACUGGCUCUGACUUGCCCCAACUGAUCCUAACUGUGAAGUAUAUCAAACUGGUUCCAAGUGGUUCUAACGGAUUCUAACCGGCUCUUAUUGGUUGUAAUUGGUUCCAGAUGGUUUUGAAACCAGUGGGCAGAAUUAGCAGCAAACUGCCAACAACAACAGAUAUUCACAAAGUGGAGGUUUCAGUAACUGUACAUUUAAUUCUUUGGUCUGUCAUUUCCUGAUAAAUUCUUUGUGUGUUUCCUGAGAAGAAUUAAAAUAAACUAAUAGAAUCUGAAUUUAAUUAAAUGAAAAUGUACCAACCGAACUCCACCACUUUAACUAACUUACAAACCAACUUGUUUUAUGUGUAAUAGAGUUGUGCCAGUUCCAGUUCCAGGAAACAUCAUAGGGAAUUAUUGAUAAAUGGCAAAAUAAAGUGUCAUAAAGGUGUGACUUCCAGUUGUCAAUUUAUAUCAACAUUAUUUUCUAAUUAUUGUAUAAAAACACCACUUGGAGCAAUAGAAAUGUGUCCAGUGGUUGAUGGAUGAAUCCAGGAGAUGAAAAUGUUGUAAAUGGGAUCAAACUGCAGGGAAACGUUGGUCUGAAACCGUCACAGUCCGAGUCUUGAUGCAGACCUUCAGGUUUGAUGAGUAUUAAUGUGUAGGUGCAGGUGUUGUUUGUUCAGAAACGGCAGCUGUUAGAUGUUAUCUGCUGACUGUAUGGGAUGUGUCCCACUGCACGACAGACUGUAUGAAUCUAAAUUAAAACUGCUGGUCUAUUUA